AGGCGAUGACCACGUUGUUUCCGCAUCGUAGCUUCUACCACAUCGUUUAUUCAGUUGGCAUGUUCAUCGCUUGGUCUUAAUCUUACCGAAGAUGAGUUCCACGGAAUCACAAGAUCGGAAUGUGGCUUGGUUCACCGAACGGCCAGACGACUCCCAGUUAUCGACCGAUGCACGCCAUCUGCUUGAGAGAUACAGCGGUAUUCCAGCUAAAGAUGUCGUCGAUCAUGUCAUCAAGAUACGCAACGAGGCUUGGAAGAUCUUUCCAUACCCGUGCAUUGGCCAGUUUCGCUUCUUGGAUAUGUCGAUGAAGCACACAAAAGAAUACCCGGAGCUCUUGGAGCGCCUCAGCAAAGGUCAACGCUUGUUGGACAUGGCUUGUUGUUUUGGGCAAGAAGUCCGCCAGCUUGUUGCAGACGGCGCGCCGUCAGAGAAUAUCUUCGGGUGCGACCUUCGGAAAGAAUACGUUGAACUUGGCUACCAGCUGUUCCGUGACCACAACCACCUGCGAAGUCAAUUUUUGACUGCCGAUAUAUUCGACGAAUCGUCUCCGCUUGUAGAACUGCAAGGCACGUUCGACAUUGUUUACGCUGGAUCAUUCUUUCACCUGUUUGAUUAUGAAAACCAGAUCAAGGUUUCCACAGCGGUUGCGAAGUUACUUCGACCUGAGAAGGGGUCCAUGAUCCUGGGUCGACAAAUAGGCGCAGUGAAAGCUGGAACUCACGAUCACAAAACUAACCCAACAGGGAAAAUGUAUCGACAUAACCCUGGAAGCCUCCAGGAAAUGUGGAAGAAGAUUGGGGACGACCUGGGCAUGUCAUUCUCUGUGGAUGCAAGCCUUCACGUGCUGGCUACAGACCACUUCCGCUUCCAUACCGAUGAUACGAGGCGCAUCCAUUUUGUCAUUCGUCGAGAAUAGUAGAAUGGAAGGGUCGCAUUUGACGCGCAUGCAUUCUAAGGUUGACUGAAUGUGGGGCCCCCAGGUUGCACCUAGUCUAGAGAACUACAACAAGACCC